CUCAGGUUUUGGCAGCUGUAGAUGUGAGUGAACUGCUUGAUCACCAUCCCCUUCAUGCAGCCAAGUCAUACAGAGAGGAUGAUGACAAUUUAUACAUUUCCCUGCGCUAUAGACUUUUUUAGAUAAUUAGCUGACUGUUAUCAGAUGUGUGUGUGUGUGUGCAUGUAUGACAUUUACAAAUAGUAUUUUGACAGACUUAAAUGUUUUAUAUUAAAUGAAAAGGACUAGUUUGAAAUUGUUCCCCAUACUAUUUAGUUAUUAGCAUUACAUGCUGCAAAAUAUGUCCAUUGCUUAUUAAAGAUGAUCAGUAUUUGCCUACUGGGAUGGGAAGAACUACUGGACCUCUGGAAUGGAAUGUCAUGGGACAACUUACGUUUUUAAGUGACUACUGGGAUGGGAUAAGUUGUACUGUUGAACCACCUGUUGUUGUGCCUGUUACCCCACCUACAAGCUCUGAUGUCAUAUCAACUGCCACACCUCCAGCCCUCAUGGAGGAACAAGCAUCCACAGUUAUGGGACCAGUGAAUCAGCUGAUACAGACUAUACACAUCAUUCCACAGUUUGAUGUGCGGCAGGUUCUUGCAAGCUUACCGGAUGGCAAGCAAAUUGUUGAGAGCCUUGAUGCUAAUGUUAUCACAACUCGCCAGAGAUGUCUCCUCGUCCGAAUUCUGGUGUCACACCUUCUGGAGAAGUUUGGAGAGAAUCCUUCAUCAGAGACCAAAAUGGCCCUGGCAUCGGAUUUGGUUCAAUCAUUUCCCAGUUUGAAAGACUCAUCGAGCUCAGGAAGA